AUGGCUUUUGCCAAGAAAGGUAUGUUGUUAUAUUAUCUUUGAACUGAAUUUUUUUUUGUAAAAGCAUCUGUUAUAUACCAACCUAAGGUAAGAUAAAAGUAUUUUUUAGAUCCAAAGGCCUGCUCAGACUCGAAAGAUGUACUAAUCGAGAAAUUAAUCAAAGAGAAUCGUCAACUGAAGAACGACACUUUGGAGCUGAAGAAACGUAUUCGAACUUCGACUACGGAGGAAGACCAGGCUAGAAUUGACCUGCUGGUCUCCGAUAGAGUCUUGGUAUGUUUAAUGAGUUUUCUUUUUGAAUUUUCUGUUAUUUAGAGGGCCAGGUAAGGGUAAUUAUGUGUUUUUAAGGUUUAUUUAUCAAAUUUUAAAUUUUAUGUACACUUUGUUACCUAAAAAGAUAAUUUUCUUAUUUAUUCUGUCUGUAGUAACAAGUUCAUCAUUGAUAGCAACAACUUAUUAUUUAUAGUAGUAUUAUUUUAGAGUAAAGUCACCAGCAUCGCUGCUUUCCACAAAAGAUCUGCCACUUUUUUUCAAAAAAUGUUUGUAGAGUUUGAGAGACAUCAGAAAGAUCUGGAUGACAUGUAAGUGAAUUAAUUUUUAGAUUUCUGCAAUAGUGUUUCAUCUUUUCGAAUUUUUAAAUUUGGUAUAUUUUAGAAAGAAGGCUUGCAUAGCUGCUGGAGCUAUUAAAAUAUCAAAAGCUUGUGACGUUGUGAACUCACGUCUUCUGUUACCCCAAUUUCAUCCUUAUUUGGAGGCUUUAUGUGAAGAUGAGGUAUUUGACUCAUUUAUGGAGCGACCAGAAGACUGUGAAGAGUAUGGGGACUUGGGUGCAAACCGGACUUAUGUCAAGGAAGUGAGUAAUUUUUAAAAUUUUAUGUUUAGAUAUGUAAUCGACAUGUCAACUUAUUUGAUUAUGAAGUGCGUAGUUGUACAAACGUGUCUGAAGGGGAAAACACAUGUUUUGAAUAUCUUCAAAGAAUACUUGAGUUCCUGCUUUGUUUUAAUUUUUUUAAAUUUAGGCAUCACAUCCUCCGGAUGAAGCAGAUGACUCUAUAGAAAACAGAAAGGUUGCUCAGAUAACUGUUCGAAGUGGAAGGAUCAAGAAAGACUCGUUGGACCCUAGAAUCCGUGAUAUUCCGUUGAAUUUUGAAGAUUCUACUGACGACACUCAACUGAACGGUAGUGAUGCCACUCUUGUUUUACCCCGGAAAACAAACCCAAAUACGGUUUCUGAGGUUACAACAGUUACGAGAAGUGCUUCGGAUACAGUUAGUCAGAGGACAGAGACGACAAAUAUUGACCCGAUUAGUAGCGCCAUAAAAUCGGUCAGUGGAAGUUUGGAGCCCAUGGAUCGGGAUUCGUUCAGUGACGACGUCGAUGCGACUUCUGUACCUACCGAGAUGACAACUCAUAGUUUGGAUACGGUCAGUGGCUUUGUUGAAUCAACAUGCGAAACACUGGAUUCUGUUAUCAAGACUACAGAAGGGACGAGCUUCACUUCCGAAAUCAGUUCAAUGGAAUCUAAUUUUGAUGCUUCUGAUGACACGCUUACAAAGGCUACGGAAUUGUCGAGUCAGGUUUCGGAUACAGUCAACCAACGUCUGGAGCAGAGCGUGACUGGUUCGACUCUUCAGAGGUAUGUAGAUGAUGAGAAUAUAGAAUUAUCAUCGAAGUCUCAAGAAUCUGUGGUUGGUGACCAUGAUGCCACAAGGGAUGACACAGAGACCGUAUUUGUUAAACGACAUUCAUCAAGGAAGAGUAAUCGUGGAUCUGUUCAAAAACCUUUGGAGCAAAUUCAUACUGGAUCUGCAUCACAAAGUUUUCCGUCAGUAAAUCGUGAAGCUGCUUCAGAAAACUUAGCUCCAGCAUCACAAAGCCAAGAAUCCACUUUAUCGACUGCCAAACCAAGCAAGACUAAUACUAAAACAGCCUCGUCUCAACAGCGGAACAAUAGACUACGUCUUGGAACUCCUGAUAAUGUUUGUGAUCCAAUCAGUGCGUCAUCAGCCGAUAGACCAAAACGGAAAGCUGCUCCACUAGGAAGUUUGAAGGAGAAGAGCCUGAACACUAAAAUGAGAAGGGAAUGA